UUUUCACAGCCUUCUGUCAGUGAAGUUGUCCAUUUCCUCAACACGGAAAUAUCUGAAUCACAGUUUGAAGCAUCGCUGAUCGCAGUCGCGCGGUUCUCUCACCUACGAUCUUCGUCUUGUAGCAUAGCGAAAAGACAGGAACUCCAAUAUGUCAAAUCUUGGCUCUUCUCUUCCGGAUGCGACUGCGGCGGCCGAAAAGCUGCGCGUUGGUUUCCUAGGUCUGGGAAUCAUGGGUUCACCAAUGGCAGAGAAUCUUGUAAAAUCUGGAUAUGAUGUGACCGUCUGGAAUAGGACCAAGAGCAAAUGUGAUCCUCUUAUCAACUUGGGUGCAAAAUAUCAGCCUUCUCCUCAGAAGGUGGCAGCAUCUUGUGAUGUCACAUUUGCCAUGCUUGCUGACCCUGAAAGUGCAUUGGAUGUUGCUGUGGGAGAAAAUGGAGCUGUGAGUGGAUUGAGCCCAGGAAAAGGGUAUGUGGAUGUAUCAACAGUUGAUGCUGCUACUUCUAAUUUGGUUAGUGCACGUAUAAAGGAUACGGGCGCUCUAUUUCUGGAGGCUCCAGUUUCCGGCUCCAAAAAGCCUGCGGAAGACGGACAACUUAUAUUUCUUACUGCAGGUGACAAAGCUCUGUAUGAAAGAGUUGCUCCGCUUCUGGACAUCAUGGGCAAGUCAAAAUUUUAUCUUGGGGAAGUCGGAAAUGGAGCUGCAAUGAAGCUUGUCGUCAACAUGAUCAUGGGAAGCAUGAUGGCCUCAUUCUCCGAAGGAUUGCUUCUAAGUGAAAAAGUAGGACUUGACCCAAGCAUCCUUGUACAGGUUGUUUCACAGGGUGCCAUUAGUGCACCAAUGUAUUCACUCAAGGGGCCAUCAAUGAUUCAAUCCCUUUAUCCCACUGCCUUUCCUUUAAAGCAUCAACAGAAGGACUUGAGGCUUGCUCUGGGUUUAGCGGAAUCCGUUUCGCAACCCACCCCUAUUGCUGCAGCUGCAAAUGAGGUAUACAAGGUAGCGAAAUCUCAUGGACUUGGUGAUCAGGAUUUCUCAGCCGUCAUUGAAUCAUUGAAAUCAAAGAUGCAGCAGCAUUCAUGAACCGAGUAAUCAAAUUCUCAACAUUUCACUCCUCAUUAGAAACAGUUGCACGCCGUUUAGCUUGAAUAAUAUUGGAUUAUAGGUCAUUUGCAAUAUCAAUAGGAAGCACUUCCCUCUUGAAUUUUGUACCUCUGCGUGCUGUUGUGUUCAUUUCUGGUAAAGCAGAUAGUUAGAACAUUACCUUAAUCGGUUCACGUGCUAUUUCAUAACUUUGGAAUGUUGUUAGAUUGGAUCAAAAUUAGAUAAUCUAAUAAUACCAAUCGUUCAUUCCCCUUGGAA